UACGGCGGCUGCGCAGACUGGCGCGCGGGUGCUCCUGGGAUGUCAGCAUGGCGGCGUUCGCAGAUUUGGAUCUAAGAGCGGGCUCAGACCUGAAGGCUUUGCGCGGACUCGUGGAGACUGCUGCUCACCUGGGAUAUUCGGUUGUUGCCAUCAAUCACAUUGUUGACUUUAAGGAAAAGAAACGGGAAAUUGAAAAGCCAGUAGCAGUUUCUGAACUCUUCACAACUUUACCCAUUGUACAGGGAAAAUCAAGACCAAUUAAAAUUUUAACUAGAUUGACAAUUAUAGUUACAGAUCCAGCUCACUGUAAUGUUUUGAGAGCAACUUCAUCAAGGGUCCGGCUGUAUGAUAUUGUUGCAGUCUUUCCAAAGACAGAAAAGCUUUUCCAUGUUGCUUGUACACAUUUAGAUGUGGAUUUAGUCUGUAUAACUGUAACAGAGAAAUUACCAUUUUACUUCAAAAGACCCCCUGUUAAUGUGGCAAUUGAGCGAGGCCUGGGCUUUGAACUUGUCUAUGGUCCUGCUAUCAGAGAUGCAACGAUGAGAAGGUACACAAUCUCCAAUGCCCUCAAUUUGAUGCAGAUCUGCAAAGGAAAGAAUAUAAUUCUGUCCAGUGCUGCAGAAAGGCCUUUGGAAAUAAGAGGACCGUAUGACGUGGCAAACUUAGGACUGCUGUUUGGGCUUUCUGAAAAUGAUGGCAAGGCUGCUGUGUCCACAAAUUGCAGAGCCGUAUUUCUCCAUGGAGAAACUAGAAAAACUGCUUUUGGAAUUAUUUCUACAGUGAAGAAACCCCGGCCAUCAGAAGCAGAUGAUGAAUCUCUUCCAGUGUGCAAGAAAGCUAAAUGUGAGGACUGAGACGAGUCCUGAGUCUCCAUCGCACUGCCUCCUCCCCUUCAUAGCUCAUCAGUCACUGCAAAAAUAAAACUCUGCUGAGUUGAUAUUUUCAUUAAACUAGAAACCAACAGUCUAUAAAAACAACUUUAUAUUCAGACCAUUAAAACAGCAAAUAAAACCCAGUGAAGCAUUUUUUAAAGACUAACAGCUUAAUUAAUUUAGAUAUACUUUAAGAGAAAAACUAUUUUAUCCUUCAUGUGAAUAAUGAAUAAUAGUAGGUACACUGAAAUAAGAUGUGUAUUGUAAGACAUUGAAAACUAAUAAAUUAACAUUUUUCUACUUGGUACAUACGGAUUUUAAAAUUUUACUAUCCAAAAAAGGUAGUUAUUUUGAAGACUUAAGCCCUGUUAUGGGGGUGACGUUAGCCAACUGAUUAUUUUUAAGCUCUUUUUUUACUGCUUGAGUUAAAGCCUUCCUAAAGGACUCCUGAACUUGUAAAAGCAGAAGGAUGCUCGUAAGAGUUACUUGUCCCCUCUAUUCGCUCUCUCCUGCCUUCAAAUUGUCUUUAAGAUAUAGUCCUCCCUUUAGUUAGAAAUCCCUCAAUAGCUAAUAGUGAUUUUCCUAAUUUCUAUAAGGUGUAAAGCAUUUGGCUCAAAUUUAAAAUUAUAUAUAUACACUUUGGAAAUAAUUUUCAAUAACAAAUUCAUUAGACUGAGUAGAUAGCCAUUUCUGUAAAUAUCUGCAUUUAUGCCAUAUUGAUGUAAGGACCCCCCAGGGAUGUGGAAUUAACUGAAGGAAAAAAGAUGACUGGUGCUCUGAGAAAAGCAGUGUGUAAAAGGGUGCUCAUGCCAGCUUCGCAGACAUAGGUGCUGAGCUCAAGUACUAACACGUAAGCACAUUGUUAGUGAGUGAAGCUUUAGUCCAGAUUGUAAGGCUGUCUCAGUGCUUUGUACUGCCUUUUCCUCUCAUAGUGAUAGGAGAAGUAAGAGAAAUGAAUAUUCAAAUAGAUGGCAAAAAAUAUGUAAUAAAAACCAGUACCUACUCUUAAUUUUAUAGGUAGCAGUGAAAAUCCUUGACAAGUAUUAUGUGUGGUGGUUCCCAAUUAUGACCGAAGCAGAAAAAUCACAUGUUUGAGGCCAGCUACAAUGAAAGAGGCAAAAAUAGUGGGAGAAUAUUGUAUAGGUUCAUCUGUGGAGUUUGUGCACACAUAUGUAAAGCAUAAUUAUAACUGUAAAUCAAGCAUCAGUGACUGUUCAUUGGAUACUCCCCACAGAAACCAGCCUAGACAUCAGUAGAUUAGUGAAUAAAGAAAAUGUGCAUCCAUGGUGA